GUGUGGAAACCUACGAGCAGCUGAGGCAGCUUUGGCCUCCGCCCGCCGCCUUGAGACCGGGCUCUGUGGAUCCACAGGGCAUCUCCGACGCCUGCGACUUCUGCCGCCGACAUGCGCUAAGGAGGCCCCUGCAACUCCUCUCCGUGGAUGGCGGCCACUGCGCGCUCUGGCUGGAGCCUGCAGUGACCUUCAAGGCGCUCUUCCAGGAUUUGGUCACCACGCGCCUGGCCUCCUACAGGGAAGGGGAGUACUGCGCAUCCCUGAUGGGGCACAGCUCCUUUGGGCUGCUGGAGAUGCCAGCAACCAGCAGUACUUCAGCAACAACCCUCUCUUCCGCAGUGCGGACGUGCUGGUGGCCCAGUGGGUUGGCGAGGCUGGCAAGCUGCGUGUGCACUACUCCAAGCCUGUGAUCGCUUAUCUCGGAUUUCUCCUGCUGAACGACCCCGUCGUCGGCAAGUACCAUCCCUGGAGUGAGCCACUGGAGCACUACUGGGAGAGGUUCACCUUUCUUCAAGACUGUGAUGUCCAUUCGCUGCAGGGUAAGCCGCCCAAAGAUGGCGGACCCCCAUGCGCGGUUGUGUAUGAGGAGCCGCAGCUGGCGGAAGCUGCAUAUUGGCAAACAGGUUUUCACAAUCCCAGCGUGCGGCCGCUCUCGCUGUACGUCGGCGCCACGCACCGAGCCGAGCUCGCCUUGGAGGAGGUGCUUGUCAUCAAUCGUGGCCGGCUCGUUCGGGACGUGCAGUUCACCAUGGCACUGAUGGCGAUGCGCCAUCCCUCCUAUCCGCACAGGUUUGUGGAUCAGAAGAAGCACAUGCCCUACGCGGACAUGGCCUUGUACAGGGCCGCCGUCAUGAUGCCUUGGGAUCUCAAUUUGGUUAUGUUUCACGAUCUCUACGCCAUGAACUUGCCGUUGUUCCUUCCCGACCUCCCCGGUUUGCAUCGGGUGGCCACCACGUACUUCUCCCGAUUCAAGAUGAAUUCGGCACAUGACGAGCAGCCGUUCGGUGAGCAGAUGAUAAGUGGACGCAACUCACCCCACCGGUACUCGCCUUUCGAGCUGGAGUACUUGGAGGCAAGGGACUACUGGCUUCAGUUUACCGAGUACCUGCGGGCUCCUGCCGUUGGAAGAUUUGCUGGGCUUCCUGACCUGCUGUUGCAGGUCGCCAACCUCGACGGGCCGGCGGUCUCUGCUGCAAUGCAGGCCCAGAACCAGCUCUCCUUUCAGGAAAGCCAGGCGUUCUGGUCCCGCACCCUGGGAGUUUUCCAGGAUCUAGGCUGUUGCGUGCAGAACGUGUCAUUCCCACCUCUGGACGAUGCAGCUUGUGGCAGUGGCGGGCCCUACGGCACGACGCUGGUCUCUCCACUUGAUGGCCCUCCAUGGGUUCAGGAGGUGCCCAGCCAAGAGGAGCCUUUCGUCUUCAUCUGGGAUGAGAAGUCUGGUGGCACGGCCUUCAUGCAGUGGCUCAAGUACUCCGUCUGGAAGCUGGGCAAGCUUGAGUCCUCUUUCAUGUACACAAUGCCAGGUCACCCCGUCGCUGUGGGAAGCCCCUUCUAUCUGAAGACCGCCGGGCCGGAGGCGAGAGCAAGGUUCGAAGUGGUUUCUGGACACUUCGACUGGCGUGUGAUGCAUGAGGGUGUCGACUGCCCGAGCCGAAAGAAGGUCCGUUGCUUCCUGCUUGUGCGGGAUCCCAUCGAACGCUUUCUGUCCUACUACCGAGAGCGCACUGACGGGCGCUUUGCUCGAGGAUUGGGCCGUGGCCCUUCAGGCUGGAGCGCUCCGGCCUGGCGUCGCUACCUGCGCAGUGUGGAGCGUGGUCGUCUCUGGUACGAUGGCAAGGAGACCGGCGUCUUCUGCAACAGGGAGAACAUGCUCUGCGUGGAUCUCGAGAAGACGGGUGACGCUCACCCCUUGGCCCAUCGUGUGCGGCCAAAGGCAGCCAAGGAGAAGUUCUACUUCCGCUUCCUGGGCGGUCCACAGAACCGCCUUGCUUGGGCGUUGGACCCGGAGCACGGGUCCGACAAUCGGCCCCGCACUUUCUCGACAUUGCGGGCAAAGCAGCCGGGAAAAAUGGCCCGGUUCUGCUUGGCCUGGGCGAUUCUGACCUGCAUGUCGGCGAUCGAGGUACAGAAGCCGUAUUGGUGCCCACCGAACACCUGGAAGAGCGUGUGCAAGUACCAAGCAACGUGCGAGAGCUUGGCUAUGGCAGGCCUUACCUGUGAGGGUGUGGCUCUCAUCGACGGAUGUAACGAAGCCUGUGCAGCUCCCUGUUGCCUCACCACGUCGACGACCACAAGGACGAGCACCGUGACCGACACCACGGUGACUGUGACCGAGACGACGAUCACAGAGACCCACACAGAGACCAGUACCACCACUGCAUCCGUCAGCCAGACGUCCACCUCGAUCAGCGUGACAUCUUCCGCGACGACGGUCACGAUUACAGUGCCGCUCACUGAGGGCCCAGCAGCUCUUAUGCGAUUGGCCAUGCGGGUGAUGCUGAUGAACCCGAACGAUGCUUGGACUGGCACAGAGUUAGGCGAUUGUCUGAGAGAUUCCGGCAUGACGUCGCUGUACUGUAGCCUUCUGAAAGAGGACUUCACUGCCUAUAUGGACGACUCGCGAGUGAAGAAGGCCUAUGUCGACGUAAUGGCCAACAUCACGGGUGUGCCUGAAAAACAGGUCGACCUCGAUAUGAUGGCACAGGAGCUGGGAAAUCUCACGGUGAUCUUCACGCUCACCAUCCCAUAUGUGGAAAACGGCACCUCGAUGGUGCCUUCGGUCCCAAUUGGUCCGAUGCAGGCAAAGCUCAUGGCGAUGACCAUCCCAGGCUUCAACACCAUGAUCAAAGCGGCUGUGAACAAAGCCGCAGGAGAAGGUACCUACGACCAGCAAGUCCUGAGCGUGUCGGAGGCCAGCGGCUCCGGAGGAAAUGACGUCAGUGGCGCAUGCUCCGUUGGAACAGUCGUUAUGUGGGUGCUGUCACUGUGGACCUUGUUGCGAGCAGAGAUCCUCCCAUGGAGAUGA